ACAAGUUUGAUUAACCAAAGUACAUGUAAACACCACAAACACAAUUGUGUUCAGGGUUGAUGUUUUCAGCAACUUUUCAUGCCAUUGAGUUGCUGAGAAUAUUUUCCCAACAUGAAAACAUUGAACUUCAUGAAUUAGGGUUAACAUUAACCAACAUUCUUACAAGACACAUUUGGCACAUAUUCAGCUUUGAUAAUGCGUUGCAUGGAGUGAGUCUGUCUGAUGGGUUAUUAUUCAUGAGAUGACGGUAUCAAGGGAGACUCAAGGGCAUCUUCAAUUUGUUCUUACAGCGAAUGAAUCGCUACAUCAGAUUCGCAGCAUGAGAACCUGCAGAUGCAAAGUGACAAGGGAGACAACUCGGUGAGAGUGCGGAGUUGACAGCGGGACUUAGACAUGACCGCGUCGGAGAUGGAACAAUCCACCAGCUUCGUCGAGGUAGCGCCUCCGGGUGCAGCCGACGAGGUUGGCCUCGCGCGACGAGACACAAGGCAACGGAUUGAGGACUUGGAGCUGGUGGCGCAGUCGCCAGAGAUCGCCUGGAUCCGACACCAGAUGGGGCUGAUCCGGAGCGGCUGGGCCUGGAGCACUGCCCACGCCCAGAUCGCUUCCGGCUUCCUACGAAGCCAGACCAGUGGACGGCUUUUCGCGAGACGCGACGAGCACGCGGGGCUGCAGUUGUCCACCACCUUCCCACGCCAAUGGAAUGAGGUUUUGGUGCUGUUGCGAGAUCCUGCAGUGCCCGUCUCGAUGGAGAACAUCGACAAAGCCAUUCAGUGCCAGCUGCUGCACAGCAGUCCCAGCGAGAGCCUGCUGCGCAUCCUGAAGGACAUAUACGUGCCGCUGGUUUUCGAGAACGAGGCAGCGCAAGGAAGUGUGACGAAGGACUUCAGGGAGGACUUCGGCAAGUUCAUGGCCACAUUGACGGAGUCCAUUUAUGAGGCCAAAGGGCAGACUUUGCUGUAUCUUCCUCCGCUGCACUACAGCGGGUCCAUCAAAGAGCAGGCCCAGAACAAGGAGCUCACGCAGCGCCUCGAGCAAGUCAUCAUCCGGUGGACUCGCCAGAUCAAAGAGGUAAUUAGAAGUAAAGGGGAACAUGGUGAAAAUGAAGACAUGGGGCCCCUUGCGGAGAUUGAGUUUUGGCGCCAACGAAGCCAAAACAUGAAUGGCAUUUUUUCUCAAAUCCAACAACCGGAAACGAGGAAGGUGCUGACGGUGCUGGAGAGGUUCCGGUCGUCCUACCUGGCUCCGUUUCUGGAACUGUCUCACAGGAUCGAGGAGGAGGCUGAAAUCGCCGAGGACAACCUCCAGUACCUGGCUGUUCUGGAACAGCCCUGCCAUGUUCUUGCUACCUGCCCCAUCCGCGACAUCCCUCAGUGCUACCCACCCAUCCUGCGCGGAAUCCGCAUGAUCUGGACCCUCAGCUCUUUCUACAGCACCUCCGACAAAAUCACUACCCUCCUCUGCUUGGUCAGCAACGAGAUCAUAAAGCGGUGCUGCGCGGGAAUUCCGCUGCGUGACGUGUUUGACGGGGACGAGGAGAGCAGCCGCGUGGCGCUGAGGGAGAGUAUCCAUGCCAACGUGGCAUGGAAGCACCUCUACUCCACGAUGCUUGACAACGUGGCAACUGUCGGAUUUGCGGGCAGCAGAAAACCUUCACACAGAGACGACGCUGCUGCCCCUGCAGCAAUGAAGGAGAAGAAACGGAGAGUGUUGGACUGGAACAGUAAAAUCAUUUUUGCACCCGUGGAAGCCUUUCUACAACGAUGCCAAGACAUGCUCGAAGUUUGUGAUGCCCAAAGCCAAUUUUCAAGUCGGGUGAGGGUUCCAUCUUUUGCGGGAGCUCAAGGAUUGGAAGUGUCCAAGUCAUUGAUGGAUGCCCAAGCCACAUUCAAAAAACUUGCAAAAGAGUUGCACUCAUUGUCAUACAACUUGUUGGAUGUGAAAGUCACAAGAUGGCACACUGACUACCACAAAUUUAAGGCUGCUGUGGUGGACUUGGAGAUUAUGGUGAAGAAUGUGAUGCUCAUGGCACUCAAGAAUGCAACCUCAUUAUCAGAAAGUAUAGAGCUUUUGGAAGCUUUUAAAUUGAUGGCAUGCCGGAAUUCUAUUAGAGUGUGUGUUGAGAAGAUGACAUCAAUGCAGGUGUUUGCAACUUUCAUGGGAGAGCUAACCACAAUGAAGAGGCAAUUUGAUCUAUUGCGACGGCGGCCAUUAAUGGAGCACACGUUCCCGAGGUUUGCUGGGGGGGCCAUAUGGGCACUGCAUUUCCAACACCGCCUCACAAAGCCCAUGGCCUUGCUCAUGGAUACAACCCCAUACUUGCUGGAGAAUCACUGCAGCCCCGACUUUGGCGCACAAUGCAACCUUCUUGUCACAAGCAUUGAACAAUAUGUUCAAGGGCAAUAUGUGGAAUGGAUGGAGACCUUGGAUUCUAAUCUUGAGAAGCAGGUUCAAGUUGCAUUGCUUGAAUAUGUUGGUGAUGAUGUUGUUCAGCUCUGCUCAGAUGCUCGUGUUUUGGCUCUCUUCAAAGAGGUACAUUAUUGGCAAAUACUAGACUUCAAAAUACCUUGGAUAGCAUCCAAAUUUGUUGAGCAACAUCACGACUAUUUGGUGGUGUUUGGCAAUGUUUUCCAAGUGGCGAGGGAUUACAAUAAGUUGCUGGGGAACAUGGAUCUUGUCAUGAGAGGUUUGAUGAAGGAUUGUGUGAUGCAAAUAAAUGAUGCAUUGCAACCCAGUAUUCAGCAACUCACAUGGAUGAGUCCGAGGGAUGACAUCCACAACUUCCUUCUAAAAGUCCGCAUUAAUUGCUCAGUGAUUGAAGCCUUAAUCCUCCAUGUUGAAUCCUCAAGUGAGAAGGUUAGUGCCAUUUGCCAUGACAUAAGCAUCAGCUCUUUGAUCCUUCUCGAGAAAAAAAGGGUAUACGAGAUAAGUGAGUUUGAAGGCAUCCAAACCAAGUAUCAAACCACCAUGUGCGAAAAAUUCGAAAGGGCCUUUGUCUCUUUGAAAGACAUGGUGGCCACUUCAUAUUCUAAAUGCGCUAGUGACACGGAAGACAUUUAUGUUGCAUGGGACAAAUACUGUGAAAGGGUGGGACUCCUAAUUAUUUACCCUUUGUAUUUCUUUUUGCUUAUAGAAGUGGAAUUGGAGGGUGCAUUACGUGAAGCAACCAUGCGAUCUCUCGCAGAGCUCGCAAAGGUGGUCAGCCCCGAAGCCAAAACUCUCAACCCAUUAUUCAAAACAUUGUCUCUGCUGGAUAAAUCAAGCCACCAUGUGAAAAUUUCCCCAUCCCUACAAGAAUUCAUUGAAAUGGUUCAAAAAGUGGCAAGAGAUCUAAUAAGUGUGACAUCAGUCAUACCCCGACUUCGUGAGAAUCAACCCUCUGUGCUCACCAUGUUUGUUCAAGGAGCAAAAGAUAAGUCAUCUUCCACUAAUUCCUCCAUCUCUAAAACUCUACCAAGCUUCUACGAGGUCAUUGCUCCAGAGCAAGACAACAUCCUGAAUGUUAUAACAUCAAGCAUGCUGAACAUCAAUGAUAGAGUUCAUGCCCUUUUGUCAUCUUGGGAGAAGAAAUUCAAAAGCAUUUGGGAUCAAGAUAAAGAUGCAUUCAUCAGAAGAUAUGAACGUGCUAAAAAACCUCUUUCAUCCUUUGAUUUUGACAUCAUCAAAUACAAAGACUAUAUAGAGGAUGUGCAGGGUGAGGAGACCAUAUCCAAUAUGCGAUACCUGAGAAUUGAAAAUGGGAUUCUAAAACACACAAUAAUUGAGCAUUGUGAAGCAUGGAUAUUUAAAUUUGAGUCAUUACUACAUCAAAUUGCUAAAAAGGAACUCUAUUCCAUCUACUCAUAUUUUGAAAAGAAUAAAGAAGAUUGCAACAGGCCACCAGGUAAUUUAGCCGAAUUAACACAAAUUGCUCAGCUGUGGAAGUCCAUUUGUGAUGAGCGUAGUCAAAUGGAAUUGCGUUUUGAUCCCAUGAAUGAAAAGUUCAGAGUGCUCAGCAAAUUUGAGGUGCCACUCAGUGAUGAGGAGAGGGCUUUACUAGAGAGGCUCCCAAAUGCAUGGGAAGAGUUCAAAGGUAUGCUUGUGGAGGUGGAGUUGAAGCUCGAGAAUGCCAAAAAUAGCUUCUGUGAUACCCUUGAAAACAUGGUUGUUAGCUUUGUAACUGAGGUGGUGGAUGCACGCCAAGCAUUUGUGGAGCACAUGCCCAUGGACAACACAAUGGGAACCAAUGAAGCUUUGCAAUUUGUCACGGAAGAGCGAGCAAAGGUGGAGGCAUUUCAAAAGCGGGCCAUUGAGCUAUGGGGAGGAAUGGCCUUGUUUGGGAUGGAGAAGUUGUCAAACAAGGAGAACAUCCAAACUGCAAAAGAGCUUGACAUUCUAUUGGAGAUGUGGAGUUUGAAAAAAGAAUGGGAGGAUGCUUACAACGGAUGGAAAGGGGAUCUCUUUAGCGAGUUGGAUGUUGGCUCCAUGGAAACCGCUGCCCAGCUCUUCAGCAAACGACUCUUCAAAGUUGCCCGUGAUUGCAAAACAUGGAUGGUGUGGAUAAAACUCAAGGAGACCAUUGACUCCUUCAAACAAACAUUGCCGUUGACGGUUGAUUUACGGAACACGGCAUUGCGGGAGCGGCAUUGGAUGAAGUUGAUUGAUCAUGUUGGCCAGUUUUUUGACCCCAGCUCAAACGACUUCACUCUUGCCAAAGUAGCAGAGUUGCAAUUGGCUGUGCAUGCCGAAUACAUACAUGAUCUUAGCAUUGCAGCAACAAAGGAGUUGGCCAUUGAAGAAGCUCUCACCAAAAUCAAAGAUGCAUGGGGUGUUCAAAAACUUGACAUGUCUAGCGAAAAAGGAGUAAGUAAGAUAUGGAAGUUGAAAGGAACGGAGGAAUUAUUUCUACUUUUGGAGGAGCAUAGAGUUAUAUUAUCGUCCAUGAGGUCAAACCGAUACCACUUACACUUUGCCGUGGAGAUUAUCAAGUGGGAUAAGGACCUUGCAUUGCUUUCCGAGAUGGUUGAAAUGAUAAUCCAAGUUCAAAGAUCAUGGGCAUAUUUAGAGAGUAUUUUUGUUGGAUCAGAAGAUAUUCAAAAGCAACUUCCACAUGAAACAAAAUUGUUUGAAGGCGUAAAUGCAACUUUCAUCAAUGAAAUGCUUCAAACUCAUAACAUAGGAAAUGCUCACAAGGCUCUGUGCAGACCAGGGCUGUUAAAUGUAUUUGCAGGGCUGGACAAAACACUGGAGAAGAUCCAAAAGUCAUUAGAUGACUAUCUUGAGCUCAAGCGCCAACAAUUCCCUCGCUUCUACUUCUUAUCAAAUGACAACCUUCUUGACAUCCUUGGUCUAGCCAAAGACCCCCAAAAUGUCCAAGCUCAUUUAAAGAAGUGCUUUGAGGGGAUAAAGAAGCUGGUGAUGGAGGGGCCAUCACUAGCUGAAGGCCGCAAAGCAUAUCAGACAACAGGCAUCAUCUCCCCCGAUGGAGAGCACCUUCCAUUGAUGGCCCCCAUUGCCCUUGAUGGACGACCUGAAGAGUGGCUAAAUUGGGUCGAGGAGGCCAUGAAGUUGGCAGUGAAGGUGAUACUAUUCCGUUGUUAUGUGGAAAGCAAAUCCCCGAAGAAAGACAAAUGGGUGAAAGACUUCCCAGGCCAAGCUGGAAUCAGUGCUGGGCAAAUGAAGUGGACAAGUGAUACAGAAAAGGCUCUUCAACAGGCAGCUGCUGGCUCAAAAAAUGCAACAAAGAAGUUGUACAAAAAAUGGAUCAGUUACUUAAAUAAACUCACUGCUAUGACUCGUGUCAAAUUGCAUGUGAUUGAUCGCAACAAAGUGACGUCACUCAUCACAAUUGAGGUGCAUGCACGAGAUGUCCUCGAGAAGCUGAUUCGAGUCCAAUGUUCAGCUCCCGAAGAGUUUGAAUGGUCAUCUCAGUUAAGGUUCUACUGGGAAGAUGACACUUGCACAAUCAAACAGGUUCUUUCCAAAUUCAUCUAUGGCUAUGAGUAUCAAGGGAACAAUGGGCGUCUUGUGGUAACUCCUCUCACGGAUCGUUGUUAUAUCACACUUGGUGCUGCUCUCUUCACACGUCGCGGGGGAAAUCCGCUGGGUCCUGCAGGAACAGGGAAAACAGAAACAGUCAAGGACUUUGGCAAAGCACUUGCUAGGUAUGUGAUUGUGUUCAAUUGCUCUGAUGGAGUGGAUUAUAAGAUGACGUCAACCAUGUUCUCAGGGUUGGCGCAAACGGGAGCAUGGGCCUGCCUUGAUGAGUUCAACAGAAUUGAAGUUGAGGUCUUGUCUGUGGUUGCGUCUCAAAUCUUCGCUAUCAUGCAAGCCAUCAAAGCCGAGCUCAACCGGUUUGUAUUUGAUGGCAUAGAGAUGCAAUUGAUCCGGACAUGCGGGAUAUUUGUUACAAUGAAUCCUGGAUACGCGGGGCGUAGUGAGCUCCCAGAGAACCUGAAGGCCAUGCUUCGACCGGUCUCCAUGAUGCUUCCCGAUUUCACCAUGAUUGCAGAGAACAUGCUUUUUAGUGAAGGCUUUGUGACUGCUAAGGUUUUGUCCAAGAAGGUUAUUGCUAUAAUGGAACUUUCUCAAAGACAAUUGUCCAAGCAAGACCACUAUGACUACGGGCUUCGGUCGUUUGUCAUUCCCAUUGCAAGAGCUGCCGGAAGGAUGAAACGAGUGGAACCAGAUUUACCUGAGGAUGUCAUUUUGCAACGGGCCAUGAGAGACCUGAUCAAACCAAAGCUUAUUUUUGCCGACCUCCCAUUGUUCAAUGCAUUACUCUCAGAUUUGUUUCCGGGCGUUGAAUUGGUGCCCAAAGAAGCAGAUGAUCUUAAACGAGCCAUUGAGUUCCAGCUCAGAUCAGCUGGGAUGCAAAUUGUUGCCCCCUACGUCAACAAAAUUAUUCAGACAUAUGAUUGCAUGGUAUACCGGCAUGGAAAUAUGCUUGUGGGCCGAACUGGCUCUGGGAAGACGGUGGGGUGGAAAGCUCUUCAAGGUGCUUGGGGGCAACUGUGUGCAGAGGGACUUGAAGGAUGGGUUAAAGUUUGGGUGUACAUCAUGAACUCAUUGGCAUUGUCCAAUGAUGAAAUUUAUGGGGCUACAAGUAAGCUCACCAAUGAAUGGGUGGAUGGAGUAUUGGCACGCAUUAUGCGGGAUGUCUGUGCUGAUGAAUCUCCUGAUCUGAAGUGGGUCAUGUUUGAUGGACCUGUUGAUACCCUGUGGAUUGAAUCCAUGAACACACUCUUGGAUGACAAUAAGAUCCUCACACUAUUGAAUGGGGAACGUAUCAAUAUGCCGAGCCAAAUUCAAUUAAUGUUUGAGGUGGAAGACUUAUCUCAAGCUUCACCAGCCACUGUGAGCCGUGCAGGCAUGAUAUUUCUCUCCUUGGAAGAUCUUGGGUGGUGGCCAUAUGCGGAGUCGUGGAUUGAGCGGCGGACUGCGGAUGGAGCUCAUCCUGUGGUAUUGGAUCAAAUCCGGAAAUUGCUUGUACAAUACAUGGAUGCGGCAACAGAGGUUCGUUACACAUGUGUGGAGACAAUCUCGAUUGAGGUCCUCAACAGCCUCAUGACACUCUCCAAGCUCUUUGAUCUAUUGGCCGUCCGUGAAAAUGGAGUGCAUCCAAGUGAAGGGGAGCACUUUGUUCCCACCAUCCAGUCCUGGUUUUUGUUUUGCCUCAUUUGGUCGGUUGGGGCAAGUGUGGACGAGCCUGGGCGCAACACCUUCGAUGUUUGGUUGCGGGACCAAGAUCCAAGGUUUCCUGCAUCAGGGCUAGUGUAUGAUUUCUAUUUUGAUGUCAAGAAACAUACAUUCACACCAUGGGAGGAAAAGCUUGGGGGAAUCUAUAGAAUCCCCGGGGGUGCCCCUUUCUUCAAGAUCCAAGUGCCCACUGUUGACACUGUGCGGUUCAAGUUUGUAGUGGGAAACUUGAUACUUGCAAAGCGGCACACAUUAGUCGUGGGCAAUGUAGGAGUGGGCAAGACGCUUAUCAUUGGAACAGUUCUCAGUACCCUUCCUGAAGGCCUCAGCUCCUUCACCAUGAACUUCUCUGCACAAACUUCAUCCAAUAGUUGUCAGGAAGGUAUUGAAGGACGACUUGAGAAGCGUACAAAAGGAGUGUUUGCUCCCCCUGGAGGAAAAUUUCUCAUUUGCUUCCUUGACGAUGUCAACAUGCCCAAAAAAAGUGCCUUCGGAUUCAUGCCACCAUUGGAGCUUUUAAAGUUGUGGAUGGACAAUGGAUUUUGGUAUGAUCGGACAAAGCAGGAAGUGAAGAAAAUAUUGAACAUGCAGCUGCUUUGUGCCAUGGCCCCUCCUGGUGGUGGCCGGAAUCGUAUUUCCCAACGGAUCCAAGCUUGUUUCUCUCUGUCGAACAUCACAGCUCCAAGUGAUAAGCAAAUGAAGAGAAUAUUUGGAGCCAUUUUAAAUGCCAAGCUGGCAGAUUUUGAAGAUGAAGUGCGUCUUUUGGGGGACUCGGUGAUGCAUGUGUGUAUUGGAGUUUACAAAGAGAUUGUGACCAUGCUCUUGCCCACCCCAAGCAAAAGCCACUAUGUGUUCAACAUGCGUGACCUUGCAAAGGUAAUACAAGGAAUAUUGGUGGGCCACAAAGACACUUACCACACCAAACCAAGUUUCCUCAAACUAUUCAUCCAUGAAUGUUUGCGCGUCUACGGGGAUCGGAUGUGUGACGUGCAAGAUCGAACAUGGAUCAAGGACAUGUUGAAUUCGAAAUUGAAGGACUUCUUCAACACCGACUGGAAAACCAUCUUCGGCGGCGACAACGUGAUGCCGCUGAUCAGCAGCUGCAUGAUGCCGCCUAUCGACGACGCGCGCUACGAAUCCAUCGACAGUUAUAAAGAGCUUCGAGAAUCGCUGGAGGAGAAUCUCCGGGAGCUUCUGACGCAGCCGGGGACGUUCGGCAUGAACCUGGUUAUGUUCAAGGACGCAAUGGAUCAUAUUUGCAGGAUUCACCGCGUGUUGAUGCAGCCCCGCGGGAAUAUGCUUCUAGUUGGAGUCGGGGGUAGUGGACGCAAAAGCUUGACCAAGUUGGCGGCCUUCAUUGCCGAUAUGAAGCCUUUUCAAGUGAAGACCACGCGCACAUAUUUCAGUCAACAGUUCCACGAUGAUUUGAAGCUUCUCUUCUUGGCAGCUGGGAUCGGCGAAAACAAGCAACAAGUGGUGUUUCUGUUCGAUGACACCCAAGUCAUGGAAGAAACUUUCUUGGAGGACAUCAACAACAUUCUGAGCACAGGAGAAGUGCCGAAUCUGUUCAACAAAGAUGACUUGGCGCAAGUGUUCGACGGGAUCCGCCCCACAGCGAAGAACGCCGGCGUUAUACAGACGGAGGACGCGCUGUGGUCUUUCUUCGUGGAGCGAGUGCGCAACAACCUGCACGUCGUGCUGUGCCUGAGCCCCGUCUCCGACCUCUUCAGCCGCAGGCUGCUCAUGUUCCCCGGCCUCGUAAACUGCUCCACCAUUGACUGGUUUUUGGAUUGGCCCGAAGAUGCAUUGCAUGAAGUGUCCAUAAAAUUGUUGGAGAAUGAGGAGAAUGUUACCGGAGUGACACGGACCAACGUGUGCAAAUUGUUUGUCAUUAUCCACAAAUCGGUUGUUGACAUGUCCGCAAAAAUGUAUGCGGAAGUGAAGCGCAAGAAUUAUAUCACACCAACUAGUUAUCUGGAGUUUGCUACAGGGUACCAAACCCUUCUCAUGGAAAAGAAGAAGCAACUUCAAACCCAAGCUCAAAAGCUUCGUGGGGGAUUGUCCACAUUGAAUGCCACACGAGAACAAGUAGCGGAAAUGCAAGUAAUUUGUCAAGACAAGGCAGUUGUGGUGGCAAAAGCUAAAAAAGAAUGCGAGGAGGUGCUUCUGGAAAUUAUUUCGGAGAAGCGCACUGUGGAUGAACAAGAAUUGAAGGUAAAUGCUGAAGCCGCUCAAAUAGAGAAAGAAGCCAAGGCUUGUAACAUCAUAGCAGCAGAAUGUCAAGUGGAGUUAGACAAGGCAAUGCCAGCACUCAUGGCCGCAGAAGCCGCCUUAAAUGUGCUCACAAAGAAGGACAUGUCAGAAGUGAAGGCAUAUGCAAAGCCUCCAGCUCUUGUUGAGAUGACCUUGAAUGCCGUCAUGACUGUCCUCAAGAGAACCCCAACUUGGGCCGAAGCCAAGCUGGCUCUCGGCGACUCUCAAUUCCUCGACAAACUCAUGAACUACAACAAAGAUCUCCUUAAUGAUGUUGUAUUGGCAAAGAUUGGAAAGUUCACAAAGAAAGCUGAAUUCAAUGCAGAUGUGAUUGGGAAAGUAUCUGGAGCUUGUAAAGGCCUUUGUUUGUGGGUUGGUGCCAUGGAAUCCUAUGGCUACAUUGCAAAAGAUGUUACCCCAAAGAAACUAAGAUUGAAAGCUGCCCAAGACAACCUUGCAAAGCAAGAGGCAUCUCUUGCUCGAGCAAGAGCUCAACUUGAAGACUUGAUGGCCAAAGUGCAACUUCUUAAAGACAAAUACGAUGCUUCCAUGGCUGCCAAGGCAUCCCUUGAGGCUGAACUUGAUGAUCUCAAUAUCAAGCUGUUCCGUGCGGAAAAGCUCGUACUAGGGUUGGCAGGGGAGCGAGACCGAUGGGAAACAUCCAUUGUAAACUUGGAGGAGGGAACAAAAAACCUUCCUGGGGAUUGCUUGGUGGCUGCCGCAUUCCUCUCGUAUGCAGGACCCUUUGCCACCCAAUACCGUGAAGUGAUGGUUAACCAUGUUUGGAUGGCUGAGGUUCUUGCACUUGAGAUACCAUUCACGCAUGGAUUUACCUUUGUGGACUUUCUUUCGGAUGCUGGAGACGUCCGAGAUUGGAACCUGCAGGGUCUCCCAGCUGAUGCUUUUUCUACAGAAAAUGGAGUGAUUGUAACUCGCAGUAAUAGAUGGUCUCUUAUGAUUGAUCCUCAGGAGCAAGCCAAGAAAUGGAUUAAAAACAUGGAAGCAGACAAAGGGUUAAAAAUUGUGGAUCUCCAGAUGGACAACAUGAUGCUUAUUAUUGAAGAUGCUGUUCAAACUGGGCAUCCGGUUUUGCUUCAAGAUGUGAUGGAAGAGAUUGAUCCAUCGCUUGAACCCAUUCUUAUCAAAGCUUUCACUAUGCGCUCUGGAAAGGUGUACUUAAACAUGGGCGACAAAGAGUUGGACUGGAACGACAACUUUCGGCUCUACAUGACAACAAAGCUCGGGAACCCACAUUUUGCACCAGAGAUUGCUACCAAGACAACGAUCAUCAACUUCUCGGUGAAGGAAGACAGCCUUGAGAAGCAGCUGCUAACUGUGGUGGUGCAAAAGGAGCGGCCGGACCUUGACAAGCAGCGCAACGAGCUCAUUGUCACCAUCUCCAAAGGGAAGAAGACACAAGCUGCUUGUGAGGACAACAUUCUCCGUCUUUUGAGCACCGUGGAAGGGCCUAUUCUUGACAACCUUGAACUCAUUGCCACUUUGGACACAUCCAAGGUUACAUGGGAAAAAGUGAAAGAAUCUCUUGAAGUAGCGGAAGUGACAUCGAAGAUGAUUGAGGUUGCAAGCUCUGCAUACAAACCAUGUGCGGAGAGGGCAUCCCUAUUGUACUUCAUCCUUGUAGAGUUGAUCGCUAUUGACCCCAUGUAUCAAUUCUCCUUGGAAUCCUAUGUGGAGAUCUUCCUCACUUCCAUUGCCAAAUCAGCCAAGUCUGCCAAAAUUGCGGAACGUAUUAAAAACUUAAUUGAGUAUCACACAUAUGCUGUGUACAAGUACACAACACGAGGACUUUUUGAAAAGCAUAAGCUAAUACUCUCACUACAAAUUCUGUCCAAAAUAUUGUUAACAUCAGGGGAGAUAGUUCAUGAGGAGUGGGCGUUUUUCCUAAGGGGGGCGACAGUAUUGGACCGCACUAAGCAGCCUCCAAAUCCAGCCCCUGAGUGGAUUUCGGAAGAAGCCUGGGACAAUGUCACAGGGCUCGCAGCCCUCUCCACCUUUGAGAACAUUGUGGCAAGUAUGACUGUGGACCAUAAGCUGUGGGGGGAAUGGUUCAAAUAUGGGGCACCGGAGGAGCAGGAGCUGCCGGGAGAGUGGGAGGAGAAAUGCACCGAACUCCAUCGUAUGAUCCUCUUGCGCUGCUACCGUCAGGACCGGAUUGUGUUUGCAUCCAUGACAUUUGUGUCAAAUGCACUCGGCCAACGAUUUGUAGAGCCACCCAUGUUGGACUUAGGGGAGUCUUUAAAGGACUCAGCACCACAUACGCCUCUCUUGUUCAUUCUCUCUCCAGGAGUUGAUCCAACAUCAAGUUUGAGACAAUUUGCAACACAAAACAACAUGUUAGACCGAUUUCAUACUAUAGCCCUGGGACAAGGCCAAGGCCCAAUUGCCAUCAAGCAUAUUGAAGAGGCUGCCAAAAAAGGAGGGUGGGUGUUUUUGGCAAAUUGUCAGCUUAUGACUCGCUGGCUUCCAAAGCUAGAAAAAAUUAUUCAAGCAUUAGAAAAGAGUAAUCCCAACCCCGAGUUCAGGCUUUGGCUCUCCAGUGUCCCCAAUGACAAAUUCCCCAUUGGCAUCCUACAGCGCAGUGUAAAAAUGACCACAGAGCCUCCCAAGGGAUUGCGUGCCAACAUUAUGAGGUUGUAUGCAGCAACUACUGAAGAGAGCUUCUACGCAUGUAGAGCGCAGGACAAGUACCAGAAGCUCCACUUUGCGUUGGCCUAUUUCCAUAGCGUGCUCCUCGAGAGGCGCAAGUUUGGCACGCUGGGUCUCAACAUACCCUACGAUUUCAACGAUACAGACUUUGAGGUGUCAAACGACCUGUUGACGACCUAUCUGGACGAGUACGAGGAAACGCCGUUCGACGCUUUAAAGUUCCUCAUCUCGGAAGCAAACUAUGGAGGGCGAGUGACGGAUGAAAUCGACCGACGGGUUUUGGCAGCGUACCUCAACCAGUUUUACUGUCCAUCCGUCCUGUCCUCAUCCAAUUUCGAACUCUCCUCUCUGUCGGUCUAUCACGUGCCCGAUGACGGCACCUUGCAAACCCACCGGGAAUUCAUCAAGACCCUGCCCGGUACAGACCGGCCCGAGGCAUUCGGGCAGCAUGCCAAUGCCGACAUCGCGUUUCAGCUCUCCGACAGCCGAUCGCUCCUCUGCACCAUCGCGAGCCUGCAAGGCGGCGGUGGCGGCGGUGGGGGUGGCUCUGGUAGCGCAGAAGACCUCGUUCUCAACAUCAGCCAAGACCUCCUUGUGCAGUGCCCAGAGUCGUUCGAUCUGAAGGAGGUGAUGGCAGCGAAGGCGUUCGAUCCGUCGGCGCUGCACACGGUGCUAUUCCAAGAGAUCGAGAGAUACAACUUGCUCCUGAGUAGCAUUCGAGAACAAUGCACCAUGCUUUGUAAGGGGAUCCAAGGGCUCGUCACCAUGUCUAUCGAUCUCCAAGUUCUCUUCGACUCGUUUCUCAAAGGCCGUGUUCCUACCAUUUGGAUCAAGGCAUAUCCAACGGUGAAGCCGUUGGGGUCUUGGGCCAGGGAUUUGGUGUUGAGAAUAGUGGAGCUCCGGUCAUGGGUGGACGGCACAUACCCGGUUUGUUAUUGGCUGGCGGGGUUCACAUACCCGACGGACUUCUUAACGGCGGUACUGCAAACCACAGCCCGUCGUAACCUGAUUCCGAUUGAUACCCUGGUUUGGGAGUUCUCGACCGUGUACAAGGACGAGAUGGAUAUCUCCGAGCCUCCAAAAGAGGGUAUUUACGUGAAGGGGCUCUUCUUGGAAGGAGCGGGAUGGGAUCCAGCGAACGACUGCCUCACAGAACCAAGGCCAAUGGAAUUGAUUGUGCCAAUGCCAAUAUUACUCUUCAAGCCUACUGUAGCAAAAAAGAAACAACCAAAGGGCUUAUACCAAUGUCCGCUGUAUCUCUAUCCCAUUAGAACGGGUACAAGGGAAAGACCAAGUUAUAUGCUCAUGAUAAACUUAAAAGCGGGUGCUCAAGAUUCAGAUUAUUGGGUGAAGCGAGGAACAGCCAUUCUUCUUGCAUUGGCUACAUGACCCCUUUAACGUCUACAUUUUACUAGAUUUGUGGUAGAAAUUUCGGUCUAUGGUACAAUAUUUUUGAGGUGCAAUUGCAUGUAGAAGGAAAUGUAGAAUGUUGGUAGAAUUCUAUAGACUCAUUAACUUGCCCAUGCUCAUGAAUGGUGUCAAUGAAGAUGCAAGUGUUUUUACUUUUUACAUUUGUUUCACUUUUUCACUGAAACACAAUAAAAAGCUUUCAAAAGAA